AUGUUGGAAUUUCUUAUUUCGCAUGGUGCAGAUAUCAACAUUCAAGAUAAAUGUGGGAAAACAGCUCUUCAUUAUGCAACAGAAGCAUGCAAGGAUAAAGAAAUGUUGGAAUUUCUUAUUUCGCAUGGUGCAGAUAUCAAUAUUAAAGAUGAAAAUGGGAAAACUGCUCUUCAUUUCGCAGCAGAAUAUGAUCGUUUAGAAACAGCAAAACUUCUAAUUUCUUAUGGUGCAGACAUAAAUGCAAAAGAUAAAUUUGGAAGAACAGCCUCACACUAUGCAGCAGAAAAAGAAUUAGAAGGAUUAAUAGAAUAUCUUGUUAUGCAUGGUGCAAAAAUUAAUGAAAAAGACGAAAAUGGAAAAACUCCACUUCAUUUCGCAGCAGAAUAUGAUCGUUUAGAAACAGCAAAACUUAUAAUUUCUUAUGGUGCAGAUAUAAAUGCAAAAGAUAAAGAAGCAAAAACUCCUCUUGACUAUGCAAUCCAAAGUAAAAGACGAAAAUGGAAAAACUCCACUCCGAUGAGUAUCUUCGACUACCUCGAACGCGUGGCGAAUGAUGAAUAUGAAUACGAGGAAGAGGAAGAUCAUUUUGAAGAUGAAGAAGAGGAGACCGAUGAACAAGUGAGGGAAAGAUUGGCGUACGAAGAGAUUCAGAGGGAAUCACUACAAAAACUGUGGGAAGAAACAAUUAGAAAAAGCGAGAUUAGUAAUAAAGAUUGA